GACAACACCAUUGACUUCCUGGAGUAUGUGGCAGCCCUGAACCUGGUGCUGAGGGGCACCCUGGAGCACAAGCUGAAGUGGACCUUCAAGAUCUAUGACAAGGACCGCAACGGCUGCAUCGACCGCCCGGAGCUGCUCGACAUUGUAGAGGCGAUUUACAAGCUGAAGAAAGCCUGCAGGGUGGAGGGGGAGGCCGGGCAGCAAGGCCAGCUGCUCACGCCCGAGGAGGUCGUGGACCGGAUCUUCCUCCUGGUGGAUACGAACGGAGACGGCCAGCUGUCUCUGAAUGAGUUCAUCGAAGGUGCCCGCCGGGACCAGUGGGUGAUGAAGAUGCUGCAGAUGGACGUGAACCCUGGCGGCUGGAUCUCCCAGCAGAGGCGGAGAAGUGCCAUGUUCUGAGUCCACAGGCCCCUCCCAGACUCCAGGCUCAGCAGGUGUCCGGAGCAGUUGGGGGGGAGGGGGGUGCUGGCUCAGCCCCCUCAUGCCCAAUGCCCACUCAGCUUACCCCCUUCAGCUGCUCCUGGGCUGGGCAAUGAUGAGGCUCCCACAAAUUCCUACAGGGUUCUUAGCUGGAAGCAGGGCACAUGGAGGGGUGGGGUCCCACAGGCCACACUAACAAUGAGAAUGCCUAGGAGGUAGGGCCUGAAAGUGUUGAGUCUGAAGAAAAGACGCAUCUGCUGUGUGUGAU